CUGACAGUUGUUGUUAGCGAGCUGCUGAUGGAAGAUAUGGAUAUACUGACAGGAUUGCCUGCCCUAACUAUUUUCUCACUGUAUGUCCUGCAACCCACGGCAGAAAGUAUCAUCUUCAAAAAAGGGGCAUUCCUAGGUCUAAAGUGUUUCAAGUAUACAUGUGGUGUACUGUCCCUCGCCUUUCAGGAGGAAGCAUUUCCCAAUCUUCAGAGGCUUGAGCUAAGUUUCAAUGCUCAUAAAGGAUUUCUCAUUUUCCGCCCCCUGAAUCAAUUAUCUCCGAUCAAAUGAAGUCAGAUGCCCUCCGCUGCCGCCGCUUCGACCUCCCGUCGUGCACGACCACCUACGCAAUCACAUUUGGACAUUUGGGCCCAGGAGAAGGAAAAAUACAACUAUAACUAUGAAUCACCAGCAGUAACACCAACACCCUCACUGCAAGUAUAGCCCUACCAUGCUUUGCCUACGAACCGGUGUCAUGGCAUCGAAAGCUUCGGGAUGGCUAAGGGGUAAGGUGAAGGCUGUGACUUCUGGGGAUUGCCUUCUCAUCAUGGGGAGCACGAAAGCAGAGAUCCCACAAGAGAAGUCCAUCACUCUGUCACACCUUAUGGCCCCAAGGCUGGCUCGUCGUGGUGGAGUGGAUGAGCCAUUUGCUUGGGAAAGCAGGGAGUUUCUGAGGAAACACUGCAUAGGAAAGGAGGUCACAUUCAGAUUGGAUUACACAGCUCCUAACAUUGGACGGGAAUUUGGUACCGUCUACUUUGGCGACAAGAAUGUUGCCUACUUGGUAGUUGCUACAGGAUGGGCAAAGGUAAAGGAGCAAGGCCCCAAGGGGGGUGAACAACUCCCAUAUGUUGCUGAGCUGCAACGGUUGGAGGAAGUUGCUAAGCAACACGGUUUAGGUCGUUGGAGCAAGGAACCUGGUGCUGCUGAAGAAUCGAUAAGAGAUAUUCCACCAUCAGCAAUUGGUGAAUUAAGUGGUUUUGAUGCAAAAGGUUUUGCAGUUGCAAAUAAAGGCAAGAGUCUGGAAGCCAUUGUCGAACAAGUUCGUGAUGGCAGUACUGUUCGUGUUUACUUGCAUCCAAGUUUCCAAUUUGUCCAGAUAUAUGUCGCGGGAGCACAGGCUCCGUCCAUGGGGAGACGCCUUGCCAAAUCAGAAGGCACUGCCGACGACACCACAAAUGUUGACGAUUCUGGGGAAGCUCCUGCACCGCUGACAACAGCACAAAGACUUGCUGCAUCGACAGUCUCUACUGAAGUUCCACCAGAUAGGUUUGGAAGAGAAGCUAAGCAUUUCACAGAGACUCAAGUUCUGAACAGAGAUGUGCGGGUUGUGGUGGAGGGCACAGACAGUUUUAAUAAUAUAAUUGGUUCGGUGUAUUACCCUGAUGGUGACACUGCUAAGGACCUGUCCCUUGAGCUUGUUAAAAAUGGUCUUGCGAAAUAUGUGGAGUGGAGUGCGAACAUGCUAGAUGUUGAAGUCAAAAUAAAGCUGAAGAAUGCUGAACGUCAGGCAAAAAAGGAACAACUGCGAAUUUGGACUGGAUUUAAGCCACCAGUGACAAAUUCAAAGCCAAUCCAUGAUCAGAAAUUCACUGGAAAAGUGGUAGAAGUUGUGAGUGGAGAUUGUAUUAUUGUUGCUGAUGAUGCUGCUCCUUAUGGAAGUCCUUCAGCAGAAUGGCAGGUUAAUCUUUCAAGUAUUAGAGCUCCUAAGCUAGGCAAUCCUCGCAGAGAGGACAACAAGCCCGACAAAUUUGCUCGUGAAUCUAAGGAAUUCUUGCGCACACGGUUGAUUGGCAAACAGGUGACCGUGGAAAUGGAAUAUUCUGGAAGGAUCAGCACCAUGGAUGGACAGAAUGCUGUGCCUGUAAUGAACUCGGCUGAUACCAGAGUUUUGGAUUAUGGUUCAGUUUUUCUAGGUUCGCCAUCACCAGCGGACGGAGAUGACACAUCUUCUGUUCCAAGCACAGGCACCCAGCCUAAAAUUAAUGUUGCUGAGCUUUUGCUCUCACGGGGCUUUGCUGAGAUAUCAAAACACCGUGACUACGAGGAAAGAUCACAUUAUUUUGAUGCUCUAUUAGCGGCUCACUCACGUGCUGAGAAAGCAAAGAAAGGAAUUCACUCUGACAAACUUCCUCCUGUGAUGCAUAUAACAGAUUUUACAAUGGUUAAUUCUAAGAAGGCCAAAGAUUUCCUUCCCUUCCUGCAGCGGAAUAGAAGGCAUACUGCUGUUGUUGAAUAUGUUUUCAGUGGUCAUCGUUUCAAACUAACAAUUCCGAAGGAGACUUGCAGCAUCGCUUUUUCAUUGUCUGGUGUUAGGUGCCCUGGUAAAGAUGAGCCCUACUCAAGCGAAGCUAUUGCUUUGAUGAGGAGGAUGAUUCUACAGCGUGAUGUGGAGAUUGAGGUUGAAACAGUUGAUAGAACUGGAACAUUCAUAGGUUCCUUGUGGGAGUCUAAGACCAACGUGGGUUCUGUUCUUUUAGAGUCUGGCUUGGCCAAGCUUAGUUCAUUUAGCUUGGAUAGGAUUCCAGAUGCUCAUGUCCUCACAAGAGCUGAAAAGUCAGCAAAGCAGCAGAAACUUAAGAUAUGGGAGAACUACGCCGAGGGUGAAAAAGUUUCGAACGUGUCCGCUUCUGAAUCCAAUGAACAGGAAAUUCUCAAGGUUGUUGCUACUGAAGUUCUUGGUGGUGGAAAGUUCUAUGCCCAGGCAGUAGGUGACCAGAGAGUAUCUUCCAUCCAACAACAGCUUGCAUCGUUGAAAUUUAAAGAGGCACCAGUCAUUGGUGCUUUUAAUCCUGUGAAGGGAGAGAUGGUUCUUGCUCAGUUUAACCUCGACAACUCCUGGAAUAGAGCCAUGAUUGUUAAUGGACCCCGAGCUGUAGAUUCUGUAGAUGACCAGUUUGAAGUAUUCUACAUUGACUUUGGUAACCAAGAAGUGGUUCCUUACAAUCGCAUACGACCUGCGGACCCAUCAGUAUCCUCCUCUCCUCCUCUUGCUCAGCUGUGCAGCCUUGCCUUAAUAAAAGUGCCUGGUCUGGAAGAUGAUUAUGGUCAGGAAGCAGCAGAGUAUCUUAGCGAAUGUUUGCUAAGCAGUUCAAAACAAUACCGGGCAAUGAUCGAAGAGCGCGACACUUCCGGUGGAAAAGUAACGAGACAAGGCACUGGAACUGUUCUCAUUGUGACUCUUGUUGACCCAGAGACAGAAUCCAGCAUCAGUGCUGCCAUGCUUGAGGAAGGGCUUGCUCGACUUGAAAGGAGCAAGAGAUGGGACACCAAGGAGAGGAAGAAGGCUCUUGAGAAUCUGGAACAGUUCCAGGAGAAAGCGAAGAAGGAAAGGCUGCGGCUGUGGCAGUAUGGAGACGUCGAAUCCGAUGAGGAUGAGCAAGCUCCAGGUGGAAGGAAACACACAUUGUGUCGGUAGAUGGGAGUAGGCCGCUAAAGACAGCGUGGCAUGUUCAAUUGGUCAUGGUUUAGCUUUGAAGUUUUGGACGCCGUGAGUUUAUAUGGAAACCAGUGAGAGGACUCUAUUUAUGCAAUUAGAACAGAACUAUACAUUGUUUUUCCCCGAAGCACAAUAAGGCCGUGUCCAGGUGGACUGCAUUUUGUAGAGAUAGAACAUAUAAUGUCGAGAAUUGCAGUCAAUGGAAAUUCAGGAUUGGUACUUAAAUAUACCAAUACAGUAUUUUUUUAUAGAUAAAAGGCUUAUGCCUGACUUUAUAAAACGAAAAAAUUAAUGCUCA